CUCGUGUUUACGUGGAGAAACAUGGCGGCGAGUGUGACAGCAAAUCCCGAGUAAAACUCUCCGAGAAUCACGUAGAUUUACCGGCCAAACCGAACCGGACACUCGUGUCAGUGGCCCGUGUUUAGCGUUAGACGCGUGUGUGUGAGUCCGGCGCUUUUAUGACGCGCACUUGUUCGUGUUUCAGCCGCAGGAACCGCAGAGAUGAUGGAAGACGAGGAGCGACAGAGGAAACUACAGGCCGGUAAAGCCAAGCUGGCCGAGUACCGUCAGAGGAAAGCUCAGUCUGAUGGACAGAAGAAGCAGAAGAAGAAGAAAAAGAAGCAGGAAUCUGAGGUGGAGGAGCGUGUGAGAGAGGAGGCGGGGAGAAAUGAUGGCGAUCAGCCCGAGGGAGAGCAGAACACUGUGUUUUCACUCUCAAAGACCCUCCGCAGUGGAGAAACCGUCACACAUGACCAGACGUACACUGUAGAGCCGGAGAGUGAGGCGUCCACGACGGCAGAAGACUGCUCCUCUGAGGCUGAGUCAGAGCUCGUAAAUGGUUUCCACGAGAGGACAGAGAGAGAGUUGUCAUCCUGUGUGAUCAUGGAGGAGGAUUUACAGCAGACUGAAUCGCACAUGGAGCCUGACCUCCAGAGCGGCGGUCCUCAGAGUCGAAUACAGAUCAUGGAGGACGAGUUAGCUGCCAAAAACAUUGCCAUGGAAGAGCUGAGCCAUGAACUCGAGGAGAUCAGAGCUGCGUUUGGAACUGAAGGAGUGCAGCAACUGCAGGACUUUGAGGAAGCAUUAAAACAAAGAGAUGAAAUUAUAACGCAGCUCACGGCGAAUCUGCAGCAGGCGCGAGCCGAGAAGGAGGAGGUGAUGAGGGAAUUUCUGGAACUGACGGAACAAAGCCAGAAACUGCAGAUUCAGUUCCAACAGCUGCAGGCAGGUGAGAUACUGAGAAGCUCCAAUAUCAGUUCAACUGCUGCAGAUCUUCUGCAGGCCCGUCAGCAGAUAGCACUGUACCAACAACAGCUGGAUGAAAAGGACGCACAGGUCAAAGGUCACCAGGACAAGACGCAGGAACGGCUUUUAUUGAUUUCGCAGCUUCAGGAGGGACUGCGUGAAGCUGAAAGGAUGCGCACACAUGCUGAAGAAUCAUUUGCUCAGACUUUACAAGAAAAAGACCUGCAGAACACUGAACAACAGCGUCUGAUCUCCGAGCACCUUCAGUCUUUAUCUCAACUCCAGGGUCAACUUCUGAACUCCUCACAACAACUGGAGGAAGUGAACAAACAUCUGACUGUGAAGACCCAAGAGCUGGAGAACUGUGAAAAGGAACUCUCCGUUUCCAGACAGAAAGAGCGAAUGUCAUCUGGAGAAAUCUUACAGCUCAUGAAGACCGUGGAAGACCUUCAGCAACGCUGCCACCAGGGCAGCCAAUCAGAGGGCGAGACGCUGCAGAGACUGGAAGAGGACUGGACGCGCAGGAUGGACCAGUUACGAGCCGAACUGGAUGAAAUGUACGGACAGCAGAUCGUUCAGAUGAAACGGGAACUUCGGGUCCAACACGCGGCGGAAGUAGAUCAAAUCAAGGAGGAGCAUUCUGCAGAUGUGGAGAAGAUCGUUCAACAGCAUCGAUCAGAGUUGGAAAGGUUCAAAGGUCAACUCUCUCAGAGCACCGGAGGGGUCAACGUUCUUAACGUGAAGCUCAUCGAGCUGCAGAACAAGCUGCAGGAGUCGCAGGUGUUACGAGAGAAAGCGGAGCAGGAACUGACGCGGAUGAGCGCAGAAAAACUCAAUCUAGUGAACCAGGUUGAACGUUUGCAUAGGGAGCUGACGUACACAAGAGCGGAAGUGGAAAUAAGAUCCAAGAGUCCAGAGAAAAUCCAGACGGAGAUGCAACUCCUGCGUGACGCGAUUAGCGACCUGCAGACGCAGCUGGACGCCGCGCAGAAGGCCAACGGCGACCUCGAGGCCAAACACGAAUCCGAUAUCACGAACUACAAAAUCAAACUGGACAUGCUGGAGCGCGAAAAGGACGCUGUGCUGGACCGAAUGGCCGAAUCGCAGGAAGCAGAGCUGGAAAGGUUGAGGACGCAACUUCUUUUCAGCCACGAAGAGGAGCUGUCGAGACUCCGAGAAGACCUUCAACGGGAAAGCCAGCUGAACGUCGAGAACUUGCGAAACGAGAUCGCCGUGAGAAACCGCGAGGCCGUGGAACUCCUUCAGACGGAUUUCGAGAACAAGUUGAGGUCCGUUGAGAGCGAAAGGGUGGUGUUGGCGACGGAGAGAGUCUCGCUGCUUCAGGAGAUUGUGGUGCUGAAAAACGAUCUGAAUCAGGUGCUGGAAAGCUCACGAGCUGAGGAACUGGUCGCACAGCUGAAGGUAUUGCAGGCAGAAGUCGAAGACCUCAGACGGAGAGAGAGUGAAAGAGUGAGAAUAAAAAACGACAACUGGGAGAGCGAAAGCAAAGACUUGGAGUGUGAAAAUCCAGGGAGGGACGAACUGACAUCCUUAAAACGAGAUUGUGAAAUUCUCCAUCAGAAAGUCGAGCAUCUCUCGAUAGAAAACGAGCAAAAGCACGAACAAUUGAUGGACCUUCAAGAUGAGAUCGAAAAACAGAAAAACACCUUUUCUUUCGCUGAGAAGAACUUCGAAGUGAACUACCAGGAGCUUAAGGACGAGUAUACGUGCCUGGCCAACGCCAAAGUUCAACUUGAGGAGCGUUUGAUCAAAGAAACGAUGGAGUACGAGGCGAAACUCCGUGAUCUUCAUGCCGAGCUGCAAACGAGAUCCCCGAGGGACAAAACAGACGAUGAAGAGGUGGAUGGGAAGAUGCAGAUCGAAAAAGACACGACUGAGCUGAUGGAAAAACUGGAAGCGGCCGAGAAAGAGAAGAAGAACUUGGCGGAGAGGCUCUCGGAGACGGUCGUUCGAGUGACGCUGAUGGAAGACAAGCUGAAGAUGGUGAAGAGAGAAAGAGACGAGACUGUUGUGAGAAAUAAAGAGCUGGAAUCUCAACGACAAACCCUCAAUCAGCCUGUCGAGGACUGUGUUGUCGCUGGCGGUUCGUGCUCUGUAGAAACAUAUGACAUGCACAUCAAAUCUUUGAAAGAGGAAAUAAUGAUGCUUCAAUCGUCUCUGCUGUGUGCUGAACAAGAGCUCCGCUCUUAUCAGGAGAGCUUCAUUGCCUUGACACAAGAAAACAACACGCUAAAGGAGAGUCUGUCCUCGUGCGGGGGGAUGUACGGAGACCCCUCCCCUCAGAUGCCAGCGGGGGAAGAGAGAGAGACACCUCGGAGUACUACAGCAAGCCACACAGCAGCUUAUGAGGAUCCGCUUACAGCGCCGGACAGCAGGCGCAGACACCCGCAGCAGGUGAAGACAGGAAACACUCCGGCCGAUGGGGACGCUGUCAGACAUGACAUGAUGCAGCUACAGGACAUGGACGGCUCUGAGCAUGAUGAGUGUCGGCUGCAGAUGGAGGCGCAGCGCAUCAGUCUCUCUCAGAUUCACGCUGCUCAACUAGAGCUGCUCAGAGAGAGCCUGUUUGUGCAGACACAGGAGCUGCUGCGCAGCCAAGAGGAGGAGCUGCGGGACGCACAUGCUGAUGAGCUGCAGCAUUUGCAGGAGGAGUUGAAGAGAGAGCAGCAGGGGGUCAGGGGUCAGCACACAGAGCUGAAAGAGUCAUCUGUCCAGCAGUUGAAGUCAGAGUUUCAGGAGCGUUCAGCUCAUCUGGAGGAGAGUCACAGGCGGGAGAUUGAGCAUCUGAAGAUCUACUAUCAACAGCAGAUGGAGGAGAAACAGGAGCGUUUCACAGCUGAGAUUCUCCUGCUGCAGCAGAAACUCCAGGAGCUCACAGGAGCAGAAGAACUCUUCAGUGUACGGAGCGUCUGUCAGAGCCGGGCGAGAGACGAGCAGCCUGAACACGUGCAGGAUGAGGAGUCUCUCUCUGUCGAUGCUGAAGCAGAGCUGGUCUCUGCAGGUCUGUGGCGUGAGCUGCAGGCUGUGCAGGAAGCCCCGUACGAGAGCCAGCAUGAGGAGGUGACUGAUCUGGAUGUAGAGAGAGUGAGAGACGCUCAGAUCAGAUCUCAUCCAGAGGAAACACAUCUCUCACACUUACAGGAGAAACAUCAUCAAGAGCUGCUGGAGCAGGAGAUCGCCAAGGUGAUCGUGCAGAUGUCAGUUGAAUUCGCUCAACAGACUGAAUUCACCCGCAUCAGUAAACAGAUCCGAGAGACGAGCACAGCCGUACAGACUGAUGACACUGAAGAUGAGAUGAGGAGAGAGGAGAGACUGACUGAUGAUUGGUCUGAUUCUGUUACCGUGACGACAUCACAGAGAUGCACACAGAGAGAAGAGGAGCUGCAGCAGAUGAAGGACAGAGAAACACAGUCAUAUCCCUGCAUGCAAAACAACAGCACACAGACAGAGCAGAAGAGAGAGGAAGACGAGGAGGUGAUGAAGGGCAGAGGUCACGAAACAACUGUGACAUCACAGUCACCUGCACAAGAUCCAGAGCUCUCUUCUGAUGUCAUCACUACAGAGAGGGAUUUGUUGCGUAAGGCGAACAUUCGCUUGCGUCAGGUGCUGAUUGACGUGUUGAAGACGACAUCAGCGGCAGAGGAAACUAUCGGCCGUCAUGUGGAGGGAAUCCUGGAGUCCAGUAAGAGUCCGCUGAGAGCCACCUUGCAGAAGAUCCCAGCAGACAGCCUCAAACCGAACAGACUGACAGCAGGACCUGCAGGAGACGCGUCCUCUGAGAGCUUCCAUGGCAGUGAGACAGGCGCUGGUGACAUCAGCGUGUUUUCAGUGGAGACAGAUGAAGUACUGGAGACGUCGCAGAAGAUUCCGGGGGUGGAGCUACAGCUGCAGGAGGCGGAGCUUCAGCUGGAGAUGGAGGAGGAUUUGAUGAGCAUCAGCACACGACUGCAGAGCGCCGUGGAGAAACUGCUCAUCACCAUCACCGAGACAACCACUCAGCUGGAACAUGCACACAUCACGCAGACGGAGCUGAUGCGAGAGAAGUUUAGGCACAAUGAGGAGAUCGAGGAGCUGCUGCGCAGACAGGAAGAGCUGCAGGAGCGUCUCGGUGAGGAGGGCCGAGCGCGAGAACAACUGGCACUGGAGCUGCACAAGGCCGAAGGUUUGAUUGAUGGCUACACAGGAGAGCGUUUGGCUCUGGAGCAGCAGAUCUGCGAGCAUGCAGAUCUUCAGCUGCACUUCGAGCAGGAGCUGCACGUGACCAGCAGCCGUCUGCGUGAACUCGAGCAGGAGAGACUGCAGAUACAGCAGGAGAGAGAGCUGUUGUCACGGCAACAAGACGCCAUGAGAGACAGGGCGGGGUCACGAGAGCUGCGACUAGUUGAAGCUGCUCUCGAUGCAGCACCUGAAGCAGAUCUGCUGGAGGAGACGGAGAAGCUGAUGGCGGAGAAGGUGGCAGUGCAGCGGCAGGCACAGAAGGAGAGUGGCGAGCUGCAGCUGCAGGUGAGACAGUUGGAGGCGGAGCUUGAGGAGCAGGUGAGCCGUCUGCAGGAGCUGCAGGAGCUGCACAGGACUGAAGGAGCUGACCUCAGACAGCAGAUACAGGCCUUGGAGAAACAGCUCGAGAACAACCGCAAGUUCAUGGACGAGCAGGCAGCGGACAGAGAACACGAGCGAGACGUCUUCCAGCAGGAGAUUCAGAACCUGGAGCAGCAGCUGAGGAAUCCACCGAAAGCACACGCAGCCAGCGAGCAGAGAGACCGAGAGGUGCAGGAGUUGCGUGUGGCGCUGCAGGAGAAGUCGGACUGGUGCAGUGAGCUGCUGUUGAGCUCUGAGCAGCUGCAGCGAAAUGUUCAGGAGAGAGAUGAGGAGAUUGACACGCUCGAAGCGCGUGUGACAGAGCUGCAGCACACACUCAUGCAGCGGGUUGAGGAAGUUCAGCAUGUGUCUAUGGCCGGCCGCAGUGAUGUCACACUAGAAGCACAGCUGCAGAGUGAGAGAGAGGCUCUGGACAGGAAGGAGAAAGAGAUAGUGAAUCUCGAGGAGCAGCUGGAGCAGUUUCGUGAGGAGCUGGAGAAUAAGAGCGAAGAGGUGAAUCAACUUCACAUGCAGCUGGAGAUCCAGAGGAAGGAGAUCAACAGCCAUCAGCAGGAGCUUCAGGUUCACACCAGACUCACACAGGUGUUGGAGGAGAAGGACAGACAAAUAGCCGUUCUUAAUGAACAGAUUGCUAAACUACAGCACACAGGAACAGAGCCUGAGAAAGAGGUGUUGGACGAGAAAGAUGAAGUUCUCCGUGAGCUGGAGGCGCAGGUGGACUAUCUGCGGAGCGAACAGGAGCGUCUGAAGAGGAACAGCGAGGAGGAGGUGGACCAGCUGAACGCCGUCAUCGAGAAACUCCAGCAGGAGCUGUCGCACAUCGAGCACAAACAACCUCAGGAGGACGAGACACCCGGUGUGAGGGAAGAGUACGACGAGAUGAAGCAGAAGAUGGAUGAGGUCACGAGAGAACUUGACACGCUGAAGGCCGACCACAGCUCGCUGAAGAGCAGAUACGAGAGUCUGCAGGAGGAGGCGUUCGCUGAGAGAGACUCUGAGACGGUUGCGGCGCUCGAGGAGGCGCUGAGGGAGAAGACGGCAGCGUUUGUGGUGGUCCAAGCUCAAGUUCAGGCUCUUGAGGAUAGCGCUGGGUCGAGGGUGAAGAGUUUGAGUCAGCGCGUGGAGGAACUGGAGAUCUGUGUGGAAGAAAAAGACUCGGAGCUUCGCGCCUGCAGACUGAAGGUGGAACAAGCGCAAACCAAUGCUGAGGCUCUUUACCGUAAAGUCGCCGAGCUUGAGGAGAAUCUCAGGGAGAGGGUGGCCGCCGUGCUGGUCAGUCAAGCGCAGCUCGGAGCCGUUCAGAGCCAAACCAAAGAGCUCCACGCUGAAGAUGUCACAUCAGAAGUGAUGGGCCUCAGCGCGCAGCUGGAGUCUGAGGACGCAGACUCUACACCAGCCUCAGGAGGGAAGAUGAGCCUCCUGAUGGAGAAGCUGAAGGAGCUGGAGGAGGGAUUGAACGGGAUGCAGAAGGAUCAGGAGAUGCAGAAGCAGUUGUUGAGCAGCUCUGAGGAGGAAGUGCAGGAGUAUGAGAGGAGGUUAGCUAUGCUCAUGGAACGUCUCGAACAAAUGAGAACCAAACCGGCCCAACACAGACCGCUACCAUCUGCUGAGGUGUCAGGGGUCAGCUCCAUGUCAGAGCUGCUAGAGGAGCUGCAGGAGGUCAAAGGUGAAGCUGCAUCCACUAAACAGGAGCUGAACAGCUACAGAGAAUUAAGCCAUAAACUGCAGCAGGAGAUCGAGAUGAAAGAAAGCACUAUUGCACAGCUCCAGACGGCCCUCGGUCAGGUGUCAGCAGGCUCGCAUGAGGAAGGCGAUGCUGCUGCUAAACUUCUCCAGGAACUGCAGGAGGUCAGAGGUCAGAUGGUGAGCACACAGCAAGAACUGGACAGCAACAAGGACCAGAGCGCCACACUGCAGGAGCUGCUGCAGGAGAGAGAGAUGAGCAUCGCUCUACUGAAGGAUCAGCUGCACAGGCAUGCCUCACAAGAGGGUCCGGAUCAGUCCACAUCAGAGCUGCUGCAGGAGCUGCAGGAGGUCAAAGGUGAAGCUGCGUCCACCAAAGAGGAGUUGAACAGCUACAGAGAGCGCAGUCUCAAACUACAGGAGGAGAUCGAGGUCAGAGAUGCGUCCAUCACUCAGUUAAAGGAGGAAGUUGAGGCGCUGCAGGGCACUUUGAUCAAAUACAGCAAUGAGCCACUACAACAACAGCCGUCAUCUCACCCUAAAAAGAAAGGAAACAGACAUGGAGACAAAAGAGAGAAUCAUGGGAACAAUGAAAGUGGUGGCACGAGCAAAGUCCCACCCCUGCUGUCCUACAGAAACUCCCCUGACCAAUCAGAGCUCUCCACCUCAUCGCUGAAUGUGACGUCUCGCACAUCUCAUGUGGACGUGGGGACGCAGGCUGAGCUGUCCAGACCUGAGGACAUGGAGGAGAUGAUCGCAAGCUACGCGGAGAAGAUCGGACAGAUGCAGGAGCUCCACGCGGAUGAGAUCAUGGACAUGGAGACCAGACACAUCACAGAGAGCGAGAGCCUGAAGAGAGAGAACCAGCAGCUGGAGGACGAAUGCCGAGCGCUCCGAGACGCCAUAAACAAACUCAGAACUGCUGAGGGUCCUUCAGCGAGAACGUCAGAACGGCCUGCAGUCUCUCCGUUUAAAGACGGAUAUGCCAGCGACAGCAGUUCAGACUGGAGUCAGCGCACAGGUCACGAUCUUCCUCACCUACAGCAGGAGUUCAGAACUAGACCUGAAGGGGCACAGAGAGACAUCGAACCGGACGUCCUGCCCGACAGUAUCAAGGCUCUGCUGCGCGAGGUUCAUCAGGAGGGCAUGCAGGUUCUGUCUUUGUCUGAAUUACCGCUGUCCGAGGCGAAUGCAGCCGGCGCACAGCUCCCCCCUCAGGCCUGGAGCGAAGAGAGAGAUGCGCUCAUCAACACCGUAGAGUCCCUCAAAUCACUCAUCGGCAAAUUACAGACAAACACUGACACACAGAUUCCGUCGGGGCCUGCAUAUGACUGGCGUGCAGAGCUGCUCUCAGCCGUUCAGCAGGUGUUUGUUCAGGAGCGAGACAUGCUGAAGAACAUUCUUUACUCUCAUCUGGAGCGUGUGGACAUCGCUGAUGCUGUAGUUCAUCUCAACCAGCUGGAGAGGGCGCUAGCGGAACAGGAUGUUCGUCACAGGGAGCUGAUGGCAGGGUUGUGUUCUGCAGACAGAAACAGUCUGAUCUCAGAGAUCCAUCAGCUCAGAGCUCAACUCGACACACUCGUCUCAGACGCCCCGAACACAUCACACGCACUCCACCAUGUGGACAACGCAGCAGGAAUGGAGACGGAGGGCGAGAGAGAACGAUCGCAGGUGCUCGUUCUGGAGGAACUGAAGACUGAACUGGCCCAAACUAAACUAGAGCUGGAGACGACACUAAAAUCACAACACAAACUCCUGAAAGAACUCGACACGCUCCGGUCGGAGGUGUCGAUGAAAGCCACUGAAGUGGAUUCGCUGACCGAACGACUCUCAGAAGAGCAGAAGAGACUGAGAGAGCUUCAAUGGGCGUUCGAGAAAGAGAAAUGCAGAUCUGACAGGAUGCAGGAGACGGAGAGAGAGGAAGUGGAGGACCUUAAACUGUCUCUCGAGGAGCAGCGAGGUCGUGUGGCUGAGCUGUCGAGCUCUCUGGAGAGAGAGAGACAGAUCUCAGCUCAGCUCAGAGAGCAGGUCGACAGGCGGCAGGCGCAAGACAUCAGCGUCUCCUCUGAGCUGCAGGUGCAGUUAGAUGCGCAGAGAGCUCGUGCAGAUGAACUCGGCAGCGCUCUAGAGAAACAGAAAGAACUGAACACACAACUGAUGCGACAGAUCCAGAUGAGCUCCAAAACCGCUCAAAACCAGCAGGAGUCUGAGACACAUCAGACCUUCAUACAGACUGAAGCCACCUGCGGUCAGGUGGAGGCCGGCGUUCUCUCCGUCGAGUCUCUGUUGCAGACCCUGCAGUCGCAGCUCGCAGAGAAGCAGACGCAGGUGGUGCAGAUGAUGGAGGAGCUGGAGAGACACAAACUGGACGCGGUGCAGCGCAGACGUCAGUUUGAUGAGGAGAAAUCAGCACUCACACGCUCCGUUACGCAGGACCAGGAUGCACUGCGGGUGGCUCGCAACAGCCUGAGUGACAUGGAGAGACAGACGAGUGAGCUGCAGUCAGAGCUGAACGCAGAGAGACAGAACGUACAGCGACUGGAGAGAGAGAGAGAGAGGCUAAAGGAGAGAGUGAGACAGCUCGAGGAGAGAGUGAGACUGAGUGAGAAUAACCAAAGCAUACAUUCAGAUGGUCAGCCGGCGGAUCGAACCUGUGACUGGGUGUUGCAGCAGAAGUCAGGAGACACUCUGACGCUGGACUCCAGCUCACCGUUACUGCGUGAGGUCACGGGGUCAGGGGUCACUCAGAGCUCAGACCCCAAACACAUGGACAAAAUCCUCGGCAGACUGCACCUCAUCGCCGCUAAGAUCAACAACCUGACCAGUGACGCCUCGGGCAGGUCACCUGUGGACGCGCCGGACCGUGAAAGUCUGGCAUGGCUGCACAGUAAUGUACAGGAUGUGAUGUCACUGUUACAGCAUAUCCCAUCAGCCCCAUCUGCUCUCCCAGAGAGUGCCACCCUGCUGGUGGGAGGUUCAUCCAGUCUGUUGAACGAACGUUUACUGAGACAGAACGCAGAACUGACGGGAUUCGUCAGCCGACUGACAGAAGAGAAGAACGACUUGAGAAACCAGUUACUGAAACUAGAGGAGGAGUUGCGCAGAUGCAGACAGAACAUGAACAGCUCUGAGAGAGUGUGGAGCAGGAGCAGUGCGGAGCGUCAGGAGAUAAUGUUGUUUUCCCGUGAGCGAGAGUCUUGGGCUCAAGAGAAGAGUCGAUUAGAAAAGACUCUCCGUCAGACGGAGGCGGAACUGAACCGGCUCAGAGGAGAGAUUCGAUCCGACACGCUCCGAGAAAUUACCGGAUCUGAUACUGACAACAGUGCACUCAAGAGGCUGUAUGGUAGAUACCUGCGAGCUGAGAGUUUCCGGAAGGCUCUGAUUUAUCAGAAGAAAUAUCUGCUGCUGUUGCUAGGUGGGUUUCAGGAGUGUGAGGAGGCCACGCUGUCUCUCAUCGCCCGCAUUGGCGGCCACCCCACACACACCUGUCUGGAGUCCGUCGGACAUCAGCGCAGAGGAUUCACACGCUUCAGAUCGGCUGUGCGUGUCUCCAUCGCCCUCUCCAGGAUGAGGUUUCUGGUGAAGAGAUGGCAGAGAGCGUCUGUUGGACCAAUCACCUCUCCGAUCGUCAGCAGAAACGGCAUUGGUCAGAUCACAGGUUCUGAUGUAAGAAACGAAUCUUCAUACCUGCAUCCAGGAAGUGUCGAGGUGUUCAGAGAGAGACAAGCGACCAGCUGCGGUCGAACGGGACGAGACUCUCCUCGCUCGACAGCAUCAGUCCAACACAGGUAUCACAGUGUGUCAGGUGACGCUGGAGCUGUACUCUGUUCACACCUGCAGAACUAUGAUCCAGAUCGUGCUCUCACAGACUAUAUCUCCCGUCUGGAGGCCCUACAGAGGAGACUGGGAAGUGUGCAGUCAGGUUCCUCUUCAUACGCUCAAUUGCACUUUGGAGUCAGAAGAUAAAGUUCUUCAUUUACAUUGAAACUGACCUGAAGAAACUCCGUUGCCUUCUAUUGUGCUGAGCUGCUGUGCUUUUUGUAUUCUUAUUAAAAUACGUACAGUUUUGUGGGACCAAAAAGACGUUUCUUUUUUGCGUGUGUGUGUAUAUCAUCUUAUAUUCAAGCUUUUUGUUUGCAGCACUCAAUAUCUGUACAUGAGCUCUACCGUAUUUGUUGUUAAAGGAAAGCAAUCAUGUUGUUACUGUAUAUUUGUGGAAUGCUAAUUUAAGUUAAUUUAAUCUGUGUUGUGUUUGAGAGACUGUGGCGGUUGGUGACCGGGAUGGCUGCUAUCGGACUGAUAACACUGCUGCUGCGCACUAACAGAAGACCAUAGGAAUGUGAUGUUAUUAAGACUUUAUGAAGCUUCGUAAGGGACACACUGUGCAGUAGUACCGUGUUAUCAGAUACUCUACACUGUGUUUUAUUAGCAUGCUCCCAUGAACUGACAACAGAGGACAUUUGUAGAAGACAUAUUUUUGUAAAGGUAGGACCUUUGGAAUUUUGGGGUAUUUUGUCAAAACUGAAAUAAAGAUUAAUAUAAUAUUUGAAAACUG